AUGUCGAACACAGUGACGGAAGUACUUGCAAUGCCAGCUGAGGAGCCGAACGGCGCCGCCGCGCCGGCAGCAGCAGCUGGAGACUCCCCAUUGCUGAACCUCCCCUACGAGAUCCGCCUCCAGAUAUACGGCUGGGUCCACGCGAUGCAUCCCAUCCAGCACGCGCAGCUGGCCCCGUGGUACCCGACUCCAACAUACAGUUCGUACUUCCUAAAGCUUGUCAGGCCGGACGCAGCUGAGGAUCCUGGAGUAAAGCGACCUACCGCCGCCGCCGAUGGCGCGAACGACGACGAUGACGACCCCCGAAAGAAGGAAGCCCGAAAGGCCGCCACCGCCGACGAAGAGGACAAGGCGAUGCUGUCCCCCCACCGACCGCUUUGCGGCCUACCGUCCGCGCUCCUCCGCACCUGCCGCCAGAUCUACGAGGAAACGCGCACGCUUCCGUUCCGCAGCAACGAAUUUGUGUUCGUCAACUGGUUCUCCUCGGGUCUCUGGGCAGCGCGGGCCUUCACGCGGGGCCUGCAGGGGUGGCAGCGGGACGAGAUGCGGUACACGCGGCUCGAGAUGCUGGGGCGGGACUUCACGGGCCCGGCGCUCAAGGAGUGGGUGGAGUUGUGCGGGUGCUGGGCGGGCGGGCUCCGGGGCCUGCGGCUCAAGAUUCUGAUCGGAGGUGGGAUAUUUGAGCCCACCGCUUCGUUUGCCUCGCUGAACAACAAUGCAGAGGCGCAAGCCAUGGACAUUUCUAAGUUUCCGGAGCCACGGCCCGAGUGGAUCGAGGAGGGCCUGAGGAGGAUGGGAAAGCUGAGGGAGUUGGAGGUCGAGCUCUGCGUGCUUGACUGGGACGACGGGCAGAAGAUUGCGUGGUGCGAGUCUUUGGAGACGAUUCUGAACGAGAGACGGGAGGGCGGCGAGGUGCGUGUGAGGUGUGUCGAGAGGCUGAUGGAGGAUCGUGGGCCGAAGAGGGAGAUUGUCGGCGAGGGGGAGAAGCAGGAUGGGUAUGGGUAUUGA